CUACUCUUGACCCAAAACACGGAUCUAAUCCUGACAAGCGACUAUCGUCUAAAGUUUGAAGUCAAAUGAAAGUGGCACACUUUGCGAUCGGUUUGAUGAUCGAUUUCAAGACUAGAUCUAAGAAGCUGUUUCUCUUUAUGACAGACACUGCCUCAAAAUGAGCACAGCACCACAGGGAAACCAGGGGACCAUGGAGCAAGAUGCCACCCAAUCCACAAUCCUCUACCUUCGCCAGGAGGCCUCCAAACUAGCAUCCCCUGCCCACAAUAGUUUGCUGGACCCCCGUUCACCCCCCACAUGGCCUAAGAACUUACUUAGGCAGGAUCCUUUCAUGAUUAACAGGGAGGCAAAGGAUCUACAUUCAUUUAAUGGCUCUCAUUGUUCCUCUCAGCAUUGUUUGUCUCAUAUGACGCCUUACAGCCAAUCAAAGACUAGCAUGGAAGAUAGCCAUAACCAGAUCACAGCCUCAGUUGAGUCUAGUCCUCAGUACAGUAGCCCUUGGAGAGUUCUGAGCCUGAUCAACUUGCAGUGUGAAAGGCUUCUCCAUGACAGAGACCUAAAAGACACAGAUUUAAAUUUAAAAUCCACCAAUUCAACAGCCAGUUCAUCUGCUUCAGCAGCAGAUGUAACUGAUCAGGGAUGCAGAGGUGACAGUGUGAUUCCUGAAUACCCUUUAGAAUGCCCUUCAUUCAUCAGUGAGAGAGAAGAAAACACAGGCUGUAACAGCCAAACCAAAGGCGCUAUGGGUGAGUUGAGAGGAGACUGCAGUGAAGGAUCCAGCGGCUUCCCAGUGCAGUGUCGUGUGAACAGCUGCAAAGUUGGCAGUAUUGUUCACCCACAGAGUCCUGAAAAAAUAGACACAGUUAGGCUUGAGCUUGUGGACAAAAAUACAACAGCAUAUUCAUCAGAGCCUGCACACAGAGACAAAACACAGGUCAAGUUUAAUGUUUUCAUGGGUUUGGAGUGGAAAGAGGAUUCUGAGGAUAUGGAGCAGGAUAUUACCUGCAGUUCAAAUGAAGAUGCAAGUGUAGCACUUUACCCGUCUGUAAGUACAAAGGAAUACCCGAUGCCAAAGCCAGCAGUGAUACUCGACUUUAACUCAAACCUAACUUGGACUGUAGAGACGCCAUUUGACACACAGCUGCCAUCACACAGCUCCCUUUUGCCUUCAUCACAAUCUGCAAUAUUCUCAUUUAGAAGUGAAGAUGGAUCUCACAUGGUCUUGGAACAAGAUGACAAAAUUACAGCAUCUGAACCAGAUUGUAGACACGUUCCCAAAGAAGAAAAGUACCCACUAUUCCCACAGAUGAAAUCUCCUAAGGGAGAAACAAACCCACCACCCCCUAAAACAUCUAAACCAGAAUGCAUACAAAUUCAUCCAAGUGCUCAUCCAUUUCCCCAGCAACGUUCCUCCCAGUCCACAUGGAGAACCAAGACCCCCAGAAAACAGCCUCAUCCCAGCCGGAGCGCUGAUAUCCAAGACCCGGACUUUCAAGGUGUUACAUUUCGCAUGGAAACAGUGCUGGACGACAGCAGGGAGCAGUGUCGGCUCCUCAUAACUUCAAAGUACAGCAAAGAGCUCUUAAAGAGUGUAAGAAAACCCAGGGUGAGGUCCCGGUCCUUCCAGAGCUCCAAAACUAGCAGCUCAGAUGACGAGAUUGACCUGACCACCAGCAUUUCCAAGAGCAAAAUGUGUGCAUCAUGUUGCACAAAGAAGACUCCCAUGUGGAGAGAUGCUGAGGAUGGAACCCCACUCUGUAACGCUUGUGGAAUAAGGUAUAAGAAGUACAGAGUGCGUUGUAUCAACUGCUGGCAUAUCCCAAGGAAAGAGGGCAACUCAAACUUGUGCUGCCUCAAGUGUGGAAACUUUGUGAGGCUGGCCUCGGCUCAGCGCAAACACACAGCCUAGGGCGACAUACAUUAAGCAAAGUUUUCUAAGUCCACAUGUGACGAAGCUCUGCACACACACUUACAGUGAUUCAAGACCAUAUGCUGUGCUCCUGCAAUUCUCCAGGAAAAAAAAAAUUAUCAUAUAACAAUGAAGAGCAAUCUUAAUUAAUAUUUAAAUUAAUUCCAUUGUUACCUUGUUGAAUUUACUUUAAGUCUACCUCAGGCAGUGCCACGCAGUCCCUCUGGCUCUGCAACUCCUCAUCCGGUGCUAUAUUUAUCAGCAGAAAAUAUAAACAGGGAUUUUGAUCUACUCUUAGGCCUUGCACUCCACACUUGAAGAAUGGAUGGAACUAUGACUUGAAUAUUGACCUUUUAGUCAAUCUUAAAUGCACAUCUCUCAACUUAUACUAUUUUCUAAUGUGUAUUUGACAGUCUGUGUACAGCUGAUGGGUCAAAAGAACAUGUCAAUGAAGAUUUUGAUAGGUUUAUACAUUAAUUGACCAUUAUGUCUGUGUUGCAGUAUGCUGUUGCAGUAUAAAUGGACAUUGUUGUUAGCAGCAGAGUUUGGAGUUAUUUAUUGGUGCAAAUAAAUGGAGUGAUUUAGGUGGGCCACAAGGAGUAAAACACAGAGUGGAAAAGUACUGUUGGUUGUAAUUGUUGGCAUUUUUCACCUAGAUUGCUUCAGUGUUGCCUGUGUAUCACGGUCAACGGUGCCAGAUGGCUGCAAUAGAAGUUAUUUCUGUACAUGACCAAGACUGCAACCUGAGCUCAGAGCUGCGUUUAUUCUUGUUAACUGCAAAACAAUUUACUUCACUUGACCUUGACACCAAGACUGUCCACUAGUCUAAGUUCAGUAGGUACACAUUUUGUUACACAAGUUAAAUUGAUGUGUUGAUGUUGUCCUUGUUGGUGUUUGUGAUUGUCAUUAUUUAUUUUCUUGUUCCAUGGGUGGUUCUUGUUUUUGGACAACUAUUACAUUUUUGCUGGAUAAAUUGGUGCACUGAAUUCCUUACAAUUUAUGUUAAAAAAUAUUCUGUGAGUCUGUAUGGGUUUUGGUCUGCAUUAAAUUAUCUAAGAAAUA